UCUCCGGGUGAGCUCCACUCAGGAAGUUUUCCUCAGAACGGAACUGAAGCCUGUGGCGUGGAUGCACAAGUGAAAUUCCAGAUUUAUUCCCCCAUCCCCUUUAUCUCUCUCGCUCUCUCUCUGAGUGGGAGGAAACAGCGAGUUUUGCGCAAUCACCAUUCUAGCAGCGGGACGCAUCUGCAGACGAGCUAACCCUUUUAAAAGCCAUCGAGUGUUUCUCAACGCCCAGAAACACUCCCCUCACUCAUGGCGAUGGCAUCGCUCCCUGAAGUGCGUGGACUGCCCACGGACGAGGAAGGUUGCCGGAUUCUGCGAGUGAAAAUUAUCGCUGGAAUCGGCCUCGCGAAGAAAGAUAUCUUGGGAGCCAGUGAUCCAUAUGCUAAAGUGACUUUGUAUGAUCCAAUAAAUGAAGAGCUGACCAGUGUUCAAACCAAGACAAUCAAGAAGACCUUAGAUCCAAAAUGGAAUGAAGAAUUUUUCUUCAGAGUUCAACCAAUGCAGCAUCGAAUUCUUUUUGAAGUGUUUGAUGAAAACCGUUUGACCAGGGAUGAUUUUCUGGGCUUGGUGGAUAUUCCCCUUCAACAUAUCCCGACUGAAAAUCCAAACCAGGAGAGACCAUAUACAUUCAAGGAUUUCAUCCUUCAUCCUAGAAGUCAUAAGUCUAGGGUUAAAGGACACCUUCGAUUAAAGAUGACCUACUUGCCAAAAAGUAAUGCUUCUGAAGAAGAUAGUGCAGAACAAACUGAUGAAUUGGAGCCUGGCUGGGAACUUCUGGACCAACAGAGUGUGACUGUCCACAGCCAACCUCCCCCAGCAUUACCCAGUGGGUGGGAAGAGAAGCAGGAUAAUCUGGGAAGAACUUACUUUGUCAACCACGAAACCAGAACAACGCAGUGGAUUCGACCAAGUGCUCAGGACACUGCAUCAGACAUAAAUCGUUGUCGAAAUAACAUCCAGCUGGAGGCACAGCGUGUAUAUAGUACACGGAGACAGAUAUCAGAAGAAACAGAAACUUCUGAAAGCAACAGAGAUUCUCCAGAUCAGAGCUGGGAAAUUAUAACUGACGAUGAAACUGUGUUUGGGAACUGCAACCCUCAGUCACCCCCACCUCCCCACACACCUACGGGACAGAAUGCAGGUUUUGACUUGCAAAAUCAGCUCGCAGAGGAACUUAGUCGGCGUUUCCAGGCAUCUGGGUGCACAGUUACAGAUCGUCGCAGCUCCUGCUCAGGUCAUUCCAGUAGACGGGGAAGUUCACAAACUACUAUGGAAGAACAGCCAGUGCUGCCGGUUAUUUUACCCACUUCAACAGGAUUGCCUCCUGGCUGGGAAGUAAAGAAGGAUGACAAGGGAAGAGCUUAUUAUGUCAACCACAAUAACCGAACCACCAGUUGGACGCGACCUGUUAUGCAGACCACUAGUGAGGCAGUACAACCAAAACCAUGUCGGAGUCCCACAGCGUAUCUUCCUCCUUCAGCAUCUCCUCAAGAUUCUCCACAAAAUUCCCCAGGCCAACAAAGGAAAUAUGAUUUGGGCUUUCUCCCCCCAGGCUGGGAAGUCCGACAUGCAAACAAUGGUAGACAUUUCUUCAUUGAUCACAACACCAAAACGACAACAUGGGAGGACCCAAGAUUAAAAAUUCCAGUUCAUAUGAGGCAUCGGCCAUCUUUAGAUCCUUCAGACCUUGGGCCACUUCCUCCUGGCUGGGAGGAGAGAAUUCACUCAGAUGGUAGAAUUUUCUACAUCGACCAUAAUUCUAAAGUUACCCAGUGGGAGGAUCCUCGUUUACAGAAUGUAGCCAUCACUGGACCUGCUGUGCCUUACUCAAGAGAUUACAAACAGAAGUAUGAUUAUUUCCGGAAAAAGCUGAGGAAGCCUUCAGAUGGUCCAAAUCGAUUUGAAAUGAAGCUACGUCGUAAUGCAAUCUUAGAAGAUUCCUACAGAAAAAUAAUGUCUGUGAAGAGAGUGGAAUUCCUAAAAGCCAGACUGUGGAUUGAGUUUGAUUCUGAAAAAGGAUUGGAUUAUGGUGGUGUUGCCAGGGAAUGGUUUUUCCUCCUCUCUAAGGAGAUGUUCAAUCCUUAUUAUGGAUUGUUUGAAUAUUCUGCCACGGACAAUUACACCUUACAGAUAAAUCCAAACUCUGGACUCUGCAAUGAGGAGCAUUUAUCUUACUUCAAGUUCAUAGGCCGUGUAGCUGGAAUGGCCGUUUACCAUGGAAAAUUAUUAGAUGGGUUUUUCAUCAGACCAUUGUAUAAGAUGAUGCUUCAGAAGCCAAUUACACUGCAAGAUAUGGAGUCAGUGGACAGCGAGUAUUACAACUCGUUAAUGUGGAUUCUUGAAAAUGAUCCAACUGAUUUGGAUCUUCGAUUUGUGGUUGAUGAAGAGCUGUUUGGUCAGACUCAGCAACAUGAACUAAAACCUGAUGGAUCAGAAAUAUUGGUUACCAACAAAAAUAAGAAAGAAUACAUUCACCUUGUGAUGCAGUGGAGGUUUGUCAAUCGCAUCCAGGAGCAAAUGAAUUCUUUUAAGGAGGGCUUUUUUGAACUGAUCCCACAAGAUCUCAUAAAAAUAUUUGAUGAGAAUGAAUUGGAGCUAUUAAUGUGUGGACUAGGGGAUGUAGAUGUCAACGAUUGGAGGGAGAACACAAAGUACAAAAAUGGAUACAAUGCAAACCAUCCGGUCAUACAAUGGUUUUGGAAGACAGUGCUGUUAAUGGAUUCAGAAAAGCGUAUUCGAUUCCUGCAGUUUGUGACUGGUACUUCACGGGUACCUAUGAAUGGAUUUGCUGAACUGUAUGGAUCAAAUGGACCACAGUUAUUUACUAUUGAACAGUGGGGAACUCCAGAGAAAUUACCAAGAGCUCACACAUGUUUCAAUCGUCUCGAUUUGCCGCCUUAUGAAUCAUUUGAAGAAUUGCGGGAGAAGCUUAACCUAGCAAUUGAGAACACUGAAGGUUUUGAUGGAGUCGAUUGAGUGACCAAAGCUGGCUGAUUUAGUGUAAUCACAUCAUCCAGCGAGUGUGCUGAAAUGUGAAGCAAAGUAUCUAGAAAUGGAGUUUUGAGAUUAAGUCUUACUUGUAGGGAAAUGUCUCUUUUUAUUAAGCUAAUGAAGCACAAACAGACUAAGUAUGCAGUAACACUACCAUCAGUUCCCUGAACUCGCAUUUUCAGAGCUGAGAUGAGAAGUAUUUUUCUUUAUAGACUGGUUGAAUAUGGCUAAUUUGCCUGGACGUGCUUGUUGUACCAACUAAUAAAAUAUGGUUUAAAUGCAGGCAAUGAAUCAAAAAUCCCUUUUAAUUCAGUGACCUCACAAUGCAGGCUUCUGAUGUUUAAUAUUGUUAAGUAUCUAUUCUGUACAGCACCAAUUAUCACAUCCUUAAUUAGGAAUGUGCAUGUAAGAUCUAACAAUCUAGCUCCCUUGUCACUGUCACUCAAUUGUGCAUUUUUCCCAGUCUGUGUGCCAAGUCAGGCUGGUUUGCUGUAUUGAAUCACUGCAGUUUUAUCACUGUGUCGUUCUUACAUUGGUAACCGCCUGGAUAAACUAAUAUGUAGCAUAAUGUUAAAUUUAACCAAUAGUGAUUUCAUAUGAGAGUUAAAAUUGAUAGCUCAAAGAACUCUAAGAAACAACUGAAAAGUUAAUUCUGUAAAAUAACUUGGAAGAUUACUCAAAUGUGAAUUUAGAAGAGGGUAAACUUAAAUGCAUGGAAGUCAGUCUGGGUAGAUGAAGCUCUAGUGCCAAAUUCAAGCUUUGAAAUUUAAUUUUAUCACACGCUAUAAAAUUCGCAUUGAACUGUGUGUUUAUUUGUGAAACUUUUUUCAUUGCUAUAAUAGCAUCACUCAAAAUGUGAUCAUGAAUAAUAAGAGUUUAAUUAUUAAUAUUUUCAGAAACCAUUUCUAUUCUUUACUUGACCAUUAAUCUUUCAUUUCAAAGAUUCCAAAAGCUGUACUUAAUACUUCACAGAUCUUGGCUUUUGAAUUUAUGCUUGAAAGCUUACCCAAUUACAAAGCUUUGUCCAAAUUGAUACACAGAGAAUGAAAGGAGGCUGCUGAAGAUUCGCUCGGUCUGCUUUGUCCACAUUGUGGAAGACAGCAUCUUAAAGACCGUAAAGAAAUCAGAAAAGCUAACUUGUACCAGUGAAUGGAAAGUCUAUGUUCUGACAGGCAGUAUUUUUCAUAGUGAAAGGUGGAACCUGUAAGUUGGAUUUUUUGAAAACGGCAACGUAUAUCUGUGGUGAAACAGUGAAAUAUACUUGGCAUUUUUUUGAAAAUCCUAAAACAAAAAUUAAUCUUUAUAAAGUGGCAGCAGUUAUUGGACCUUAUCUGUGAAAAUACAAACAUUUACACUUUAGGAAAGAAAGAUUUACGGUCAGCUGAAUCCAAUAGCUAAACUUAAAUUUUCUUAAGUGUCCAUUAUCAAGGUGGUUAUAAGGAGGAAUACCCAUGCAGUUAAAUUGGAAUUUUUGAAAAAUGGUGGUUUUAACAAGAGUAUUACAUUGAAAGAUGUUAAUCCUGUUGAUACCAAGAAUGGACUUGAAUAUUGUUACAAUUAAUCUUCAUUUCUUUUUCUCUGAGAAUGAUAAAAUUGCCUCUCUUCAACCGUAGCUUGGAAUGUAUGUCAGUUAUUAGAGAAUGUGUGUAAAUAUUACAAACUAUAGUAAUUCCAAAUUGUACAUAUUCUUUAAAUUAUAUUUGUGUUCUGCACAAUAUAUAUUCACCUCAGAUUUGUAAAUAACUUCUGAAAAUAAUCCACUAACUUUUAUAGUUGCUAUAUUAUAAAAGAUGAUGCAUGCAAUGUUAUCUUUCAUCUUUAAGGUUAUAAUUUAGAAUUGAAUUUGCAACAAGAAAGCAGACUGGGUGGAAACAAUUCUGUAAAUACAUACAAUGCACUUAUAAUUAAAUGAAUGAAAUUCAGCUGAAGGAGGAAUUUCGUGAGAAACACUGGGAAGUUGGUGGACAAAGCCUAUUUGUAAUAAAAUAGCCUUUUUUGGUGCAAGUUGUGGUUUGGUUCAUGUAGAAAAGGUAUUUGAAGUUAAUUUUUUGGAAAGUGUUAUAUGUAAGUGCAAAAUCAACAACAUAGUUGAAUUUUCUGUCUCUGCAUUAAUUGAUUUUGGAGCAUUUGAAGUUAUUGCACCUCUGAUAUAGCCUAUAUCAUCAUUGUUAACUUCAUGUUAAUACAAUCUGAUAAACUCCACUGCACAUCUCCACCAAAUAGAAAUUCUAGUGCGAACACAGUGGAUGGGUGAUCUGCAGUCAGGGUUCUGCCAUUGCCAUUUAUAAACUUUCCAUUAAAAUGUGCUUGAGAUAACAACUUUGCUCGUUACAUAAUUAACUAUUGCAAAGUCACCAAGCUCAAUCAUCAACAAGAUAACUAAAGCAUAACUUGCUAAAGACAGAAUGAGACCUAAUCAGCUGAAAUAAUAUCUGUGAUUAAUACAAAGACAAAGCCUACCUGAUAUUCAACAGUUAAAGCACUGCAAGAUCUGAAAGCAGCCACAAUAGCUGUGCAAUAGACUGAGAUGCUGUGCAAGCAAACACUGGAUCAACUUACAUCAAAAAUCCAAGCUAGCUGUGAUAAUGAAGAUCCGUGAGCCAUGUGUGAAGGGAUCUAAAGGGCAUUUGGCCCUGCCGUCACUCACAUUGCUCUCCUGAAGUCAACAGCUGGUGAAGCACCAUACUCACCAAAACAAAUAAUUUUUUUAUUAUUCAUUCAUGGAAUUGAGGGCUACGCCACAUUUAUUGCUCAUCCUAAAUUGCCCAGGGGGCAGUUAGGAGUCAACCAUGUUGCUUUGGGUUUGGAGUCGCAAAAGCCAGGCCAGCCAAGUACAGCAGAUUUCCUUCCCUAAAGGACAUUAGUGAACCAGAUGUUUUUUUUCUGACAAAAGGUUCAUGGUCAUCGUUAGACUUUUAAUUCCAUCUUUUUAAAAUUGAAUUCAAAUUCCACUAUCUGCUAUCGUGUGAUUCAAACCCAGGUCCCUACAACCUGAUACCUGGGUCUUGGAUUGCCAGUCCAGCAAUAUCACUUAGCAAUUGCCUCCCCGACAAUUGUCCCACUGGGCCGAACACUGCUGUGGUUGAGAUUACUAUGCUCUAAUUCCCCAUUUAGCAAUUAGACUGACUUAGGAUUGAUUUUUUAAAAAAUUAUAUGUUCAUAUAUCCUUUAACCUUUUUAAACUUUAAACAAUCAAAUAACCUGUGAUAAGACAACAUAACUGGUUUAAAUCUACAGUAUUCAAGGGAAGUGCUGCCAUGGUUUAAAUAUGUGAUCCAAAUAUUUAUUUGCAGUCCUUUGUAGUGCUCCUACCCUAAAGUUCUAUUUUGAGUUGUUAUCUGGUGGAUAAAUUUUCCUCAGAUAACAUGUUCAGGUUUUUAAAGUUCACACUUAUUUUAAAUUCUUCCUAUCACUUAAUUUCUUCCCUAAGUUUUAAUACAGAAGUAUUGCCAGUGUGAAAUGAGGGACAGGAUUUUGUGCAGCACAUUAUCCAGAUCUCCCUCCUCCUCUGUGCUGCACUUCAGUAUAGUGACUUCUACAUGAAACAUCCUACAUUCACAGCAGAGUGUACUGCUGUAUGACUGCUUGGAAAAACUGCUCCUUCCUGUAGCCCCUGCAGUGUUCAUCCUGUGCUCUGCAAUUUUGCCAUGGUAAUUUCUACAGUGUCUUUUUUAAGCAAGUUGAAUUGUAAAGCUGCAGAGCCAUGUCAGGCAGCACAAUACGAUGUGAAAUGUACUCGAGGAAGAAUUUAUAAUGCUUUACCAUCUCCACAGUCCUUUGAAUUUGAGAAUGGCUGUUCUUAGCAUUGCAACACAUUCAGAUCCGUUGAAAGUGAAUUUGUUGCAACAUUAUCAAGAUGUAUUGUUUCAGUAGAAUUCUCCUUUGAAACAUUAUAUGAUAAUUACCAGGAUUAGUACCUAUACUUUUGUAAUUGUAUCAAGAGU